AACCAGACAUCCGUCUUACUUUUUCCGACAUGCAACAUGGCUGAUUAUGGUGGUGAAAAUUAUUCAAACUAUGGUGGAAAUCGAGGAUUUGAUAAUGACUACAAUCAAAGAAGUGGUGGCCGGCCGGGAAACAGUUAUGGUGGAGGACGUGAUCGAGGACGUGAGCGUGGGAGGAAACCUUUACCCACAGAACCCCCAUACACAUGCUAUGUAGGAAACCUCCCAUUUGGCAUUGUACAGGGAGAUCUUGAAAUUAUAUUUCAAGACCUAAAGGUCAAAAGUGUACGCCUUGUCCGUGAUAAAGAAACAGACAAAUUUAAAGGAUUUGCCUAUGUGGAGUUUGAUGAUAUCGAGUCACUGGAAGAAGCAUUAACGUACGAUUCUGCUCUAUUUGAGGAUAAAAAUUUACGAGUGGAUGUGGCGGAGUCCCGACAGGGGGACAGACGUGGAGGUUACCGUGGUGGUAGAGGAGGCGGAGGACGUGGAGGAGGUGGACAUGAUGGUGGCUUCCGAGGAGGUCAUGGUGAUAGAGGUGGCCGUGGCUAUCGAGGAGGUGGUGGUGGUGGUGGUUACCAAGGUGAUCACCAUGGUGAUCGUGGGAGUUUCAAUGACCGUCCAAGGGGAGGGGGAUUCAAUCGCUAUGAAGAUGGCCCCGGUAGAAGAAGACAGAACAGUGGAGGCCAGGCAGAGUUGAGGGAACCUUCUCCAGAAUCAGCAGCAGCUAGGCCCAGGCUCAAGUUGGCUCCUCGGACUGUCAAGGAACCAGUAGCAAGUACAGCGGUUGCGCCACGCAAUUCAAGCAUUUUUGGAACAGGCAAGGCGAGAGACGAACCUACUACUACUGAAAAUCGAUCGCGAACCACAAGUGAAAACAGCAACAUGUAGUAAGGAAGGUUGACACGUGUACAUAGAGCCAAUAGUAUAUGUAAAGAUGCUGUCAUAAAAAGGGAUGUUUCCUUGUCUCAUGUAAGUGCUAACGAUAAGACAAGGCCAGUCAGUUUUUUAUUGGUCGUCUGUGGGUCAUGUGACUCUUGUUUUGUCAUUAUCACCCAUCUUUGUGUAAAGUCAUUAUUGAUCGCUGUAGAAACCUCUGUACAUAUUAUAUACCAUAUCUUUGCCAUGCACACUUGUUUGUGUUGAUGGUAUUUAAAACUGGCUGGUCUGUUUAAAAAAUCAAAUAGUUACAUACGACUGAUGAUAGUUCAAUUGAUUUAGUAUGACAAUUCAGAUGCCAAAAUUUGAUUCUAAAUUUGAUUUGAAAAAUCAUGAUUUUAUAUUUUGAAAUUGAUUGAAAAAACCAGUUGUAUAUCAUGUAAAUAAAAAUUGUUAAAUGAGGGUUUUUUUUUAAAGAAUUUGCAAAUAUUUUUUUUUUGUGUGAACUAACACUGGCUGUACACAUCAGUAAGUUUUAGAGCAUAUAUUGUUAAGCAUUUUAUGGAGAUGUGUUUUUGAACAUAUACAGUUUCAUCAUUUUAUGCCUGUUAUUUUUCAUUUUGUUCUGGAUAUACCGUGGAUAGUCAAAUUCUUAUUUUGGUAUUUUGCAUAAACAAAUAAUGUGCAUUAGUAAAUUUGGAAAUUUUUAUUUCAUAUUUUUUUGACAAACUGUAAAACUAGAUACAAAUGUGAAAUGCAAUAUCUCCUUCAAAGAUACUUGGAUCACUGCAGUACAUUGACAUCAGUUUCAUACCAUAGAAUCUGAACAAUUUUACAGAGUGCUCAUAGAGAAUUUUAGCAGUAACUUGAAGCAGAUCUAAAAGGCUAUGUAACUCAACAUUUUAGUUACUUUCUCCAGAUCAGAAAACAAAAUUAUUAUGUGAAAUUAGUGUUGUUGAAUAGACGAAGUUCUACUGGUAAUUCAUGUACCCUUUUUAGAAGGGUAAUUGAAUGUUUUCUAGGCAAGAGGCAAGCAUUGAUGUCUGACUGCUUCUUGUUGCUUAUUAUUUAUGCGACAAAAUGUGUGCUUGUUUGUGUGUGGUGCAGUAUUACUCUCAGCAUAAACUGCCAAUCAUCAGCCCUGUUAUCAUAAGCAACUUCCCAUCCAGUCUAGAUUCUUACAGCACAAAACAGCAGAGUAACCUCAUUCUGGAUAGGCUGAAACCAUUUGGAUGAUUAGUAACCUGUGUAUGGGCAAUCUGGAAGUAUUUUUAGCUCACCUGGUCCAAAGGACCAAUGGCCUUUUGCCAUGGCGCAGCUUCAAUCGUCCAUAAACAUUUUCUUUAAAUUGCUACUUGUCCUGAACACCUGAAUGAAUUUGAUGAAAAUUGGUCUGGAGCAUUAAUUAUUGGUCGGAGAUCCAUUGUUGUAUAAAAGGAAGGGUGUGGCUCUCCAUGGGCCAAAGGGGUGGGGCCAAAUACGGUAAAUUGAGGUUUAUACUUUAAAUCAAUAUUAGUCCUGUACAACUGAAUGGUUUUGAUUAAAAUUAGUCUGGUAAUAUUGGGCAAAGGAGAUACAGUAUUGUAAAAUGAAGAGUGUGGCUCCACUGGGGCUGGAGAGGUUGGCCCAAUAGGAGAAAUAUAGCAAAUUCUUUAAAAUCCUUCUUCUUAAGAACAACAGGUUUUGGUUCACCAUAGUUGAGGGAGGUAGCUCAAAAAGUAGGAAAAUAUUUGUAAUAUAACUUAAAUGAGAGUACUUUGCCAUGAUUACUGAAAUAUCUAGGUGAGCGAUGCAGGCUAUCUGGGCCUUUUGUUCAGGAAUGUUUCUGGUGGGGAAAAAAAUGAAAAAAAAAUGGUCUGAUUCGUACAAUUCUACUUUUUUUGGAAUGAAUGUGUUUUAAGUUGUCAUUGUUUGAAAUAUUAUAGUUAUCUGAAGAAACUAUUGAAACUUGUACAGCGGUAACUAUGUUAUCCAAACAAGCAUUGGAACUUUGAUAUACGCCUUGCUUUUUUCCCAAUUGUUGAAAAGAUGUGAAUUUGAAAUUAUAUUCUUUUGCUCAGAAGAUUAUUUGAAUUGCUGCAGAACAAUAUUGAUGGUGAAGCUACUAAAUCUUCCCAUCUAUAAUAGGGAUUUUAUUUCUAAUCAUACAAAUUUUAUGAAACACAUUAUGUUUUUUUUUUUUUUUAAACAAUAGAUUCUCGGAAUCACAAUAACACUGGUACAAAAUAUAGAAAUUUAAAAUAUGAAAAAGAUAGCAUUUGGUUUUCCAAAACUUUUUGUCUUUGAUAUCGUUUAGUCAUCAUUUAUGUAGUAGUGUGUGACAUAACAGUAACACAUGCCUGUUUUCAUCAUAACGUAGAUGUUUCUGACACACAGCCCACCGUCAUUUUUAACUAGAAUCUUUUUCCUUCAAGAUCAAUUUAUCUCAAUCAAGGGCUAAUAUAUGGUACUAGAAUAAUCUACCUUGAGGCAAAGUACCAGAGUAUGUUGCUUUUUUUUGUAGAAAUUGUAAAACUUUUAUGUUUCAGUCUUCAAUUUGACUGAAUUAUCUCCCCUUUUAGGUUUUGGGUCAGAAUGACAAUUGGACAUAAUGUAAUUAUCAUUUAUGUGGUGUCACUUCUUAAGUGAAAGUGCCUAACAGGCAGUAUGUGUACCAGGAAAAAUCAUUGGUAUUCAAGUCUACAAGUAUGAAAAUUCUACCCUAUGGUGUGGAAUUUGACAUAAACAAUGGCAACUCAAGACUAUGGCCUUAAAAUCUAUUCUGGAUAUUGUACAUCAAUGUAAAACUACAUCAGUUCUCUUUUCCUUAUUCAGUAUGCUACACUGAAUUUUUUUCCAUAUAAGUCUUGCUGGACAUACUUCUUUACCCUAUUUACUCCCAAACUGUUGCUAGACCAACCUCUUACAAAAUAUAAGUGAGCAUAUCACCCUAUCAUACCCAUCAUUGAUGUAAGUGAAUAAAAAUAAUAGGGACAGUAUAUGCCUGGACUGCAGUCUUUUAGUUUGCUGAAAAAUAAAAUUCAAAUUAUCAGUGACUUUAUCUCUGCUGAACCUGUUAAUUAAAAUCUCCAAAACAAAACAGUGGUAAUAAGGAGUGAUUUCCUCUUUUAACUGGACUUUGCCAAAAGAAGAAAAGAAAAAAUUGGAUGGAUGACUCCAUAGCAAAGUAUAAGUACUUAUUUCAACAUGUUGCAAAAAUCAUCCUGAUAGAGCGAUUCACUUAUGCUUGGCAUGUGCUCGAUAUUCGGUUUGUAUUAACUAGUACAUGAGAUAUUGACUUAGCCUCAGUGUUAAACCAUUAAUAUAGGUCCUACUACCUUUUAUAUGUAUGUUGUGUUUUGUGGUGUCUGAAAAAUUCAGGUUACAUAUUUGCUUUGAUUUAUAUAUUCCUUUAAAUUGUUCAUUCUUUCCUGUAAAGUAUAUUUUCAUUAUGAACUGGAAACCUUUCUCCAAGAAUUAUUUUAGUUUGCACUAUGAAGAUGUAAAACUAGAUCAACAACAGUAAUUGUGACUGUUUUAUCAAUUUUCAAGAUGUAUUUGUACAGAAUAUGUUCCCAGGAUAUUCUGUAUUAAUCCUUCAAUGGAUUUUACUAUGACACAGAAUAUAGCUACCAAUUGUUCCUGUUUGUGUGAAACCAUGCUUGGUUGUGUAUUGUGUACAUGAUUUAACCGAGUAAGACGUUUCCUGCUUAUUUAAUUGAAAUAGGCUAUCUCGUUGAGCAGCUGGAAGGAGACUUCCUUCAGUAGAUUGCAAUGCACAAAUUAGUGCAAUUAUCUUGGCCAGUCUCAAUGUGUUGGUGUGUUCGAAUGUGUACAAAGACUUUACAUAAUAUUUGUACAGUGAAGAACACUUUUAAUUUUAGCUGAAAAUGCUUUGAAAUGUACUUUUGAAUGUUUUUCAGCUUAUAAUUUUGAUGCAUUGGACGAUAUUAGUAGUCCUGACAAACGACUUGUUGUUCAUGUUAUAGAUUAUAUGACAAGUCAUGGGCUUUGGAAGGGAAAGCUGUACAACUGAGAAGGAAAAUAAAAAAAAUAAAUGUAA